GUUAUGACGUCCAAGCCUGACGACCAAUCAGCUCACAGAUCCCAAAUUCAUUGCCUCCUUCCGUGUUGUUGUCUGUCUCCGAGGUCUUUUUGUGCUGAUAAGGAUUUUCCCGGCAUGUCGGCGUCCUCACGGGCAGGAUAAAUAUCUUUAUUUAUUUUCACUGUGGCAGUUUGUUGACGUUUUUUGACGUUAAAGACACAGAGCCUUUUCUCUCAGAAGACUAUGUUGACAGACGGAGUCCUCACGCGGUGUUCCUUUGGAUGGAGCACUCAAGGAAACUUAACUUCCCUUUGCCCAAAUGGGACCAAAUGGGUUUGGGAAGGCCUUGGGGAAUGUGCCCAGGAUGCGAGGGACAUGGCCAGCAUCUACCUAGGCCUCUUGUCCAUCCUCUGCUUCAUGGUGUCCUCACUUCCACAGUACUACAGCUCAUGUAAAACGGGGAAUAUGGACAGCGCCCUCUCUAUUUGGUUCCUGCUGUUGUGGUUGGGAGGUGACACCUGCAAUCUGGUGGGCUCCUUCUUGGCAGACCAGCUUCCACUUCAGACAUAUACAGCCGUUUAUUACAUUGUGGCUGACUUGUUGAUGCUGGCCAUGUACAUAUACUACAAGGCGAGUAACAGAACGGUGGAAAGCAGGAGGGUGGUGCAUGUGGUUGGUGUAGUCUGUGUCCUGGGCUUCACCACAAGCCUCGUCCAUCUGCCCGGGUUAGGCACCCAACAGGAAGUAAUUCCUUCUGCGUUCAGAAGUCGUGCCUUGCUCUCAACCUCUGACAUCAAGGCUUUUACCCCUAAAGAGAUUAUUGGUUUCUCCAUCGGCUCUCUGUCGUCACUGCUCUAUCUCUCUUCCAGACUUCCCCAGAUGUACACUAAUUUCAAAAGGAAGUCAACAGAUGGAGUGUCUUACUUUUUGUUUGCACUGAUCAUCCUGGGAAACACCACAUACGGCCUGAGUGUCCUGCUGAAGAACCCUGAUGCGGACCAGGGGGAGAGAAGCUACAUGAUCCAUCACUUGCCGUGGCUCAUCGGCAGCCUCGGCACCCUCUCCUUAGACCUCAUUAUCUCCAUCCAGUUCAUAAUUUACCGCAAUGCUAAGAUGGAGUUGAACGUCAGUCCCGGUGAGACAACGCCUUUGAUCGGGAGCUAGACCAAAAAACCGAGACUGUACUAGUGGGACACUAACAGACGGAUACUCACGGACACUCGCUUCCAAUAAACCUCAAAAUCUCCAACCCAAUCCGGAUGAAAGAAAAUUGUACAUUUUUAGUUCAAUUAUAAAGUUGUAUUUAUUAUGCUCUAAAAUGUUUACAAUAUAUUUCCAUCCGCAAAAGUACUGUAAAUAUAGAAAUAAAUUAGAUUGGAUUUCUAUGACUGUGACAGACAAAGUUUUUCACUUGUGUUCAGCUGCUAUUCUGUGAUUUACACUGCUCUUAAUGUUUGGGUUUAAAAGGACGAUUAAUGGUUUUCGGUGUCGGAUAUUGAUGGGAACACCCCCCGUCACCUGAACUCCUCGUGAUUCUAGGUCACAAUCUCCGUGUGAUGUCAGCCUUCAUAUAGAUGUCCAAAACCUGCAGGUCGCGGUGAUUAGACCACGCAGAGGUGUCUCUAAACUAUAUCCAAUUUCUUUUUUUAAGUUGACAAACACUUUGACAGUUAUGAUGACACUAAUCACUGCACACAUGCAGCGAUGAGUCUGAAGAAGAAAUGUUUUCCAAAACAUUUUUUCCAAGCGUAAAUUGUAUUUAGUCAAUUUUUAAUCAAUGCUCACACCAAGUGCUCUAA